AUGCAAAGGGCGACUCUGGCGUUUGGUUUGCUGCUAAUCUGGUCUUCUGGUCUAGUCUCGGUGUCGGCCAAGCUCAGUUACAAGAACUGCAAUAAGACGGAUGUGGCUAUAGCUCUAUCCCAGAUCAUCAAUGGCCUAAAACUUCGUCAAUUGGCCAUUCUGGCUCCGCCAACAUCGAAUUAUCUUAAACUCGACUGCGAGGAUGACGAUAGCAUACAUCUUGAUGAUUUUAUACAACGUCUGCAUGGUCUCUAUAUGAAAUCGGUGAUCUUCUACGACAUGGAGCUAUUUUUUCAAUACAUUGAGGCAAGCCUUCAUGGUUCAAUUGAGUGUGUGACCUUGAUAUUUGAUGAACCGUAUGAGAUAUCAUUACGAUUGCGACGUCUGGCCCAUCGUUUAAGUCUGUUUAUCUACUAUUGGGGAGCUAUUGCUCCACCCAAGCCAUCCAGACUGAGAUUGGAGGAACCAAUGCGAGCGGUAAUUAUAACACGACCACGGCCAAAGGCAUUUCGUAUCUAUUACAAUCAAGCACGGCCCACGGGAAUAAGUCAAUUGAAGUUGGUCAAUUGGUAUGAUGGCGAGAAUUUGGGUCUACAGAAGACACCACUUCUACCCAGUGCCGGAACGAUCUAUUCAAACUUCGAGGGUCGUGAAUUCCGAGUGCCAGUUUUUCAUUCUCCUCCCUGGUUCUGGGUGAAUUAUAAUAACAACAGUGAAAGUUAUGCCAAUCACAAUGAUUCAAGUGAAGAAGAUGAUUUUAAUAGUUUGGAAUAUGUCAAUGAAGUCAAUGUGACUGGCGGUCGGGAUCAUCGUCUAUUGACAUUGCUAUCUCAGCAUAUGAAUUUUCAAUUUGUAUAUAUUGAGGCUUCAGGUCGGACUCAAGGUUAUUUGAAAACCGAUGAUUCAAAGGAUUCAAAUGAUAGUUUUACCGGUGGCAUAGGCAUGCUUCAGACAGGUCUGGCUGAUUUCUUUCUCGGCGAUGUGGGUCUCAGUUGGGAGCGUCGAAAAGCCAUUGAGUUUUCAUUUUUCACCUUGGCUGAUUCUGGGGCUUUUGCCACACAUGCUCCACGUCGUUUGAACGAAGCUCUAGCCAUUAUGAGGCCAUUUAAGCCGGAUAUUUGGCCAUAUCUCAUAUUGACCAUAGUCUUUUCUGGCCCCAUUUUCUAUUGUAUCAUUGCCAUGCCAUAUAAAUGGCGAAAUCGUAGAAUUACCUUGGAUGUUGAGCAACUUGGUGAUCUAUGUAUCUAUAUGGCCUAUAUCAAAGAGAUAACUCCUUGUGUGGUCAAGAUAAAACAUCGAAGGACAAGACGAAGAAUACCCACGGAACCAAAAAUGCCAACACAAUUGUUUGAGAAAUGUAUUUGGUUCACCUUGAGAUUGUUUCUCAAGCAGUCUUGUCAUGAACUAUAUCAUGGAUAUCGGGCUAAAUUUCUUACCAUAGUCUAUUGGAUAGCUGCCACCUAUGUUCUAGCUGAUGUGUACUCCGCCCAAUUGACUUCGCAGUUUGCUCGGCCGGCACAUGAGGCGCCCAUCAAUACCUUGCAACGCCUCCAAACGGCCAUGAUAGACGACGGCUAUCGUCUGUAUGUGGAGAAGGAGAGUAGUUCACUGGAAAUGCUGGAAAACGGCACCGAACUGUUUCGUCAGCUUUAUGCCUUAAUGCGUCAACAAGAGCCCGGUGAUCACAAGGGCUUUCUAAUUAAUUCAGUAGAAGCGGGUAUUAAACUAAUAGCCGAUGGUAGGGAAAACAAGGCAGUAUUGGCUGGCAGGGAGACCCUCUACUUUAAUAUCCAACAAUAUGGCGCCAAGAAUUUUCAAUUGAGUCAGAAAUUGUAUACACGUUACUCAGCGGUGGCAGUGCAAAUCGGUUGCCCCUUCCUGGACAGCCUCAAUGAUGUUCUAAUGCAUUUAUUUGAGGGCGGUAUAUUGGACAAAAUGACAACAGCUGAAUAUGAAUUACAGGCACGCAUGAUGUCCCAGGAUCAGGCCCAACAAUCUAAGGAACUAGCUGCCUCUGAGAAUGCCAAUUCGAAUUCAAAGAGCAGUGGGGAAUCCUCUGCGAAUCAACAGCCCCCCGCACAGGAUAACGAGAUGAUUAGUGCCCUCAAUUUGCGUAUGCUUCAAGGUGCCUUCAUUGCCUUGACUGUUGGAUCUUUAACGGCCGGUUUACUAUUCGUACUCGAGGUCUUUUGUCGGCGUCUGAAUUUGGCUCAGAUUCUCCAAGAAUGGCAUUUGAGUUGCCUGCAUCAGUGGCAACGUUUUUGCCAUUUUGCUCAUCACUUGACCGUGCGAAUUUUUGCACCGAAUUUAGGUUGA